UCGCUUUGGCUUAAGGAGGCGGGGACAUUGUGGAAGCGACGGGCUGGCUCAGCAGCCAUUGAUGCGCUUUAUCUCCAAGAGGACAAACCGGCAUUAAUUGUUCCGUAUCUGCGGCUCUCUGCGGACUGAAGCCAUGGUGUCUCACUCUCUCGCCCUCCCGAUGAUCUGCUUCACCACGCUAUGGGCGCUGGUGGGGGUCGUGGCUCCGUUUUUAGUGCCCAAAGGACCCAACCGGGGUGUGAUUGUCACCAGUCUCAUCCUUACGGCGGUCUGCUGUUACUUGUUUUGGUUGAUAGCCAUUCUGGCCCAAACCAACCCUCUGUUCGGCCCUCAGCUGAAGAAUGAAACUAUAUGGUAUCUGCGCUACUUCUGGGAGUAAACAAGGACUGUGUGACAUGAUGCCGCUCAUCAUUCCGCUCCCGUGGUUGGCUGGACUUUCUUUCAACGUAACACUUUACUAUUAAACAUUCCCACACACACAAUCUGCAGAAACGAUGACACAACAACCGAAAAAGGCAAUUUUGACAAUUAUGUACAGUCCCUGGAAUUUAAGUUUAUUAAGACGUGGGUUUUAAAACAAGGAGGAGCCACCCCCACAACACACACAGUUGAAGUUGUGACUUUGACAGGAUUCGUGAACAAAAGCGUUGAGUGUUUUCAUGUCUGUUACCGAGAAGAAUGAUUUCCAGUGAAACCGUAAAGUCAUCCGUUAGGAGCAGAUAUUAAUCUUCCAUCACUGAAAUGUGCAAUCCUUAAGAUCCUUUAGUUUAUUUUUGUGUUGUUUACAUUUUUGGUUUUGCUGCCAUCAGGGAACAUGAAUUUUCUAAGUGUUUGUAUUUAUUUGGCCUGCAGGCACUGAUGUAAGCGCAUUGUAAUUACCUCAGUGUCCACACGGUCUUGUUAUAUAACUGUUAUUAUCUGUGAUGUAAUGGUGUGUGUGUGAGUGUGAGUGCGUGUGAGUGUGUGUGAAGAGUUCAUUACUGUGAGUGCUUGGACCGCCGCCAUGAGAAUCUCCCAAAACCGUAAAAAGAAAAAAAAAAAGUGAAGAGCGAUUCCCUCCCACUUUAGACUACUUCAGCAUGAAACUCCCUCCCACGUUCCCCUCAUGCUCUACACCGCGGAGGUCCUCGUUGCCAUGGUGAUCUCAUCGCCCAAUUCAGUCCCUCUCCACUCGACCCCUUUUGAUGAAAUCCUGCCCAUUCUCGCCUCGCUUGUGUACAGAUGUACUGUAGGUUGUACUGUAGGGACAUGCUUUUUGGAUCCAAGCGUCUGGUAGCUGCUGAUAGAUUUGGUGAUAAUUUCCACCAUCUUAAAAAUUUCAUCCCAACCCCCCCAAAAAAAAUCAUUUUCAGGCAUUUACAUCAGAUUCCUUUCUUUUAAACUUCAGCUAAUUAAUUCUCUCGGAGGUUUAGGGGCGCUUCGAGUGACCCUCACAUCUUUUCAGUAGCAGAUGAAAAAAGUAUAUUUAACAAAAGGAAGUGUUAUUUUAUUGCACAUAGACAUUUUCAGACAGGGUAAUCUGUUAGAAACCCUACAAAAAUCCUAUAAGUGAUCGAUGCCUCUGACUGGCUGAUGUUGGAUAUUUAGACAAAGUGCAGUGCAGUUAGAAAAUAAGGAAUACUUGGUUUUCAAAAGACAACUUAUCUAAUUUACUGUUUAAAUCAAGUUGCUGAAUGAGACUAAUCAUUGCAGUUAAUAGUUGCACAUCACCCACUAGGGGUCGCCAGGGCUUAACGGGGGGCUCACGUGGCCUUCUUGAUUUUAAUCAGUGGGGUAAAAACAACAGAAAUCUAAACACCAUAGCACUAGAGUGAAUAAAAGGAUAGAAAAAACCAGAAGGCAAGACUAUAAAAGUGUGUUUUAAGAAGAGACUCAAAUUGUUAAAGUGUGUAAGAAAAUCUUUUUUUUAAAUACAGUACUAAUUGUAGGCAGAGUGCACAUGUUAAUCUGUACACAUGCAUUUGAGUACGGAGCAAGUUACUGUGCGGUAACACCAUCAGUAGCCGGAACAGUCAGUCACCAGAAGUCCAGAGGUCGAGGUUUAUUUCUGUUGACUGUGGUCUCCUCUCUCAGUGCAGGAUAAUGAUCGCUGAUGACCAAUCAGACGCCGGCGUUUCUUGACGUUCUCUGUGCAAUACCAGCUAGCAUAAAUAAGUCAAGCCGAGAGACAGCAGCAGCCUGAAGACUAACAGUGAACCGAUAAGGUCUUCAAGCUCAGAGGAAGUCACCAACAUCAUAAAACUUUGUUGUUAUUCUUGGCUACGUACAUCUGCAUAACAGCGUAUAUAUUGUGUUCCUGACUUACAUAACUUCUCAACGCCUCAGAAAGGUUGCCAAUUUUCAUAAUUUUUAACUUUUAAAAAAACAUUUGCUUUGAAUAUGAUGAUGGUGCCUCCUCCUGAUGCUUGAAGAGUCUGAGCUGCCAGCCACUACCACAACUAUGUCUCCUCUUUCCACUUCCCAAUUCCAACCCUGAGAACCCCUACCUCCCUUCCUCCCUCCCUCCUUCCUUCCUUAACACUGUCCCUCCCCGCCCUCCUCUCUAAAACUACUUUGCUUCAGCCAAAAAGAAUCAAAAUCAAUAUACAGCUACUUUUUAGAAAGACCAAAUUGCGUUGUAUCUUUUCCUCCAGCCCUCUUUGUAGUUGUGGUGGUGGCACGCAUCUAAAUGAUACAUUUCAGUGUGCUAGGGGUUAGGGGCCUACUUAAAAUAGAGUGCGAUCACACCUGAUCACACCCAACAAAGUGAGGCUCUCCUCGUCAGAACGCUAGUGUUCAGUUUCACUCCGUGCUGCGCUCCAAGUGAACCAGAGCUUGUAAACAAAAGCCACAUGGACUCACAAGUCGCUCGGUUAUUGGACUGGAGCUUUGGUCAACCUGCCAAAGAUAAGAGAUGUUGGUGCUGGUGGAGAGUCAAAAUAAAUCUGUCACCUGUAACCUCAGCUUUGUGGUGUGUUUAAGUCUCUGGUGUUCAUACCAGUUAAGUGCACAUGAAGGGGGAAAAAAAGCUGAAUACGAGCAUCAGUCCAGACUGCGGUUUGCUCUCACUUCAUUUUCUUCUGUCGGGCUUUCCAACCAUUAACUGCUGGCUAUCAUGUGUGCCCAUAAACCCUCGUGUUUCGGGUUUGUUUCCGUCAUUGGUUUGGAUUACAUUCCCAAUCCCACUCAUAACGAGACGUGCCACAGUGAGCUUGCAAGAGGACACAGUCACAUUUCGGGCGUCUGUGAGUCAUCGGGCAACAAAUGGCGUCCGGACGAAAAAACUGAACUAAAGUAACAGACGCUCCACACUUCAGAUAAACCCCUCCAAACAUGCUGUGUGUGAACUGGCCCUAAACAUGACAAAAUCCUUGGGUUUCUUUUCCUUCUUUUAGGAAUCAGUUCAGCUCUUUUGAUAACUGGCUGCUGCCUAUCUGUUAAAUAUUCCUGGCAACAUUGGAUGGAAAUAGAGAUGGAUUUUUGUGUGUGUGUGUGUGUAUGAGGAGUCGCCAUGGUUACAAAAAUCUACUAAAUUGCAGAUCUGAUUAUUGGUGAAGAUGAGAUCCUAUGUGUGACCUUGUAUUAGUGUGAAGUAACUGCUUCUAUGUGAGUGACGUUGUAUGUGAAACACCCAG